AUGUCAUCUCACGAUGAGUAUUCGCUGGACGAAGAGGACUUCGUAGGCGGGGGGCAAGUGACCCUUGGCUUUGUCGAUGUUCCCUUGGCUGAGAUCAAAGCCGACGAUGACCCUGUCACCGUCGAAGACACGUUUAUCGGCGGCGAGCCCAUCUGGCUCCACCCGGAGCUGAAGCCCGCCGACCGCAGCCUCCACUGCGACAACUGCAAGCAAAAGAUGGCGCUUUUGCUCCAGGCAUUUGCUCCCUUGGACGGCAAGGACUACGACCGGGUGAUCUACGUGUUCGCCUGCAAAAACCUGGCGCAAUGCUCGCGUCAGAAGGGGUCGGUGAAGGCGAUCAGAGGGGUGCUGAAAGACCCCGCCAGAGUGGUACAAAUCAAGCAACAGUUGAAGCAGCAGUUGGACAAGCAAAUGGAUGCCAAGUUGAAGCUUGAGCCGAAGCCGUUUGCCAACCCUUUCGGGGGUAAUGCCCUGGCGUCGCUGAACCCGUUCGCGGCUAAGGCUAACCCUUUUGCCAAGGAUGUCAAGCAAGAAACGGCUACCGAGGCAGUGGAAAGGCCCGAUGAACAAGCAGGGGAAGCGGCAGCGGUCAACAACGUCGCUGACGCCCUGUUUUCGGGGUACCCUGGCUUCUUGGUGUACACGGAACCGGAAAAGCUUAAACGGAUCCAGGAUGAGCCUGAACUCGAAAAGUACCGUCACUUAAUCGAAGAAAUGGACGAACCAGAGGAACUGUCAUCGAAAAAGGGCGGUCGUCGCGACCUGACGUCGUCGAACGGCCCCGUGCUCGACCCGCAAACGCUGAAGAUUCUGAACAUGCUUGACGACAAGUACUUUGAAAACUUUACCAAUACCGUCAACCAUAACCCGGGACAAGUUUUGCGGUACGAUUUGGGCGGUCACCCGCUCCUCUACAACGGUAAGGAUGACGUGGCUAAGAAAUUCAUUCUGGCGUCGGGUGAGACUUUGAUCCCUAACCCUGGCUACAACCCCCUGAGCACUCGCCAAUUUGAGUUACAGCUCAUGCCCAAGGCGAUCAUGGACUUGGAAGACGUGGCGCUGAAGCAAGUCACCGACAUCUUGAACGGGAUGCUGUGGGGUACGAUUAUCGUGGCUACUGAUGUCGAGGACUUUAUGCCUCACUUCGACGACCAUCACGUCGGCUACAUCGACGAGUGGUGCGGUGUCCAAUGGGAAGAACUGACUUAG